AUGGCGCCCUGUCUGAAUCGCUAUGCCCUCUGCAUAGACGAAGUUGUCACGGGACUAUGGGACACGACGCCGAAGAAGGAGGGUUUCUUCGACUCCAAGUCGUACCCAAAGGGCGCCAUCGGAGGCGUUACGGGCUCAGCCAGUUGCGUCCCCGGGACCAACAUCGAGAAUUGCAAGAAGUGUCUUUCCACUGCCAAGACCUCACUGGACGAGUGCAAAUCGGUCACGUCCGGCUCCUUCUCUAACGAUGUUUGCACCAUGUGGUACGGCCAAACCCUGAAAUAA